UACAUUACUUACUUUCCUCUGUAUUGCAUGUUCCCAUGUUCUGCUCUUUUAUGCAUCCUGUUUUUUCUUUUUUAUAUUUUGGUUUGUGUGCGUGCAUUUGUUUCUGCUAUGUUUUUCUUUUGCAUUUUAGCUAAAUUCAGACUUGCCAUGCAUGAUGCCAGAUCUAGUACACACUGCAGAGCCCUAGCAGAUAAGAAGUUGCAAAUGUGUUUACGAAAAGCACGAAGUCUCCAGGACCACAUGCUGCUGCCGGCAAUUCCUCAAGCGCUGCCACCAGCUUACCCCUCAUCACAAGGGGGAGCUAUAAAUCAAUCUACAAGUGACCAGACUAUCUCGGACAAAAUUCCAAUGAAGCGACAGACAAUGCUGGAGACAAACACAAAGGAGGACUUCGCAUCUACUCCAUUAACAUACUCGUUCGCCUCUAGCCAUGAGUUGCUUCCUUCGUCUGCUGAGUCUUCCAGCUUGUCACCUUCUGACCAUUGCCCAUGUAGCAAGACAUUUUCAAACUAUCGUGUUCCUACAGAUCCCAUUUCCCCAGAGAGUGCCUCAACUUCUGUACAAAGCACGGCUGAUAAAAUGGUGAGAACAGAUGAUUCUAGCCCAGAUCCUCAUAACAAAAAAAGCAUAGGGGUGAAAGAAGUAACAGUGGGAGUCCUGACAAUGGUAAGGUGGCUGAGGAGCAUGAAGCUAAAGAUGGUCUCCUUACUCUCAGGAAGAUGAAACUCAAUGGCAUUAAAUCUGGCUCUUUACCAUCAUUACUAUUUCCAUGGGCUCGUCGUUCACAAGUGCAGUCUCCAGACAGAAGCAACCCACCGAGUUAUUGUCACAAAUCUGUCAGUACAGAAAUCCAUGUAAGUGAAGACAAAGUUGGAUCCUCUAGUGUCACUUCAGUAUCUCCAGCCGGUUCGACAGGUUUCACCAUUCAACCAGCCAAUGUGUCAUCUAGAACAAACAGCCAGGAUAUCUUAUUAGAUAAGCACUCUGAGUUGAAUAUCUCUGAGCCCAGCAAAGUUGAGGCACCUAAAAGUAAAGGGCUAGUACGCUCGCUGGCAGAACAGUUCCAAAGGCUGCAAGGGGGUUCACCAAAGAGAAGUAGCUUUGGAGUAAAUUUUACAGGAAUUGACAGUUAUGAGCAGAAACCUUCAGCUGGGGAUCAUAUUCAAGAUUCAAUAAAUCUUCUCGAUACAGAGUCUAAUCUGCAACCUCUGAUAAGCCAAGAGAACAAAUCAGUCAGCACAGAUCAGACAAGCACUUCCCCAGAAUCUGAUGAUGGCUUUUGCAAUCUCAAUGGUUCCAGUUUGCAUCACCUGAGUAACCAAAAUGACGGGUCACUCAAAGAACUGCAAAUAGAGGCUGAUUCUAGUAACCAUGGGAAGUCCUACAAAGCAGAGAAGAAGGUGAAAUUUGGAAGCACUGUCCAUUUGCCUGCCUCUCUCCCCACAAACCAGUGGGUUGAUAAUGUCAGUCGAUAUUACAGUCCACAAAUGGACGGUACAAAUGUGGAACAUCGUGCUCACCCAAGUUUGUCCCCUGGUCGAAAGCCCGCAAGAUAUGGCUUAUCCAAGAGCUCCCUUGAUUUACGCCAAGAGUGGAAGCAGGAUUUUAAGCAAGAGAUUUCUGAACUGGAUGCCUUGUAUAACAGCAGCCUGCAGUCUUGUCCAGGCAAUAGGAAUAUGCAGUGGAGAGCUGAGCAUGCAAGAGAGUCAUUUGGAAAACUAUUUUUGGACAAUACAACUGCGAGAAAGCAAGUCGCUGGCCGAGGUCUGUCACGAACUCCAACAGCAGAGAUAGAGCGCAGUCUCUGUGGUACCACACAAUCACCUGUAUCUAAGAUGGAAGAUGCGGAGAAUCGGAGUCGACGUAACAACAUAAAGAUACGAGGCCUUAUGGAAACUAUUGGAGGAGCGGAGCUUUGCCAGACUGUCACUCAAGUAAGGGACCAAAGCAGGGAUACCGAAGAUGAACUGUACAGUGCAGAGAACUUUCGGCGGCUUGCACGGAGCCUCAGCGGAACAGUCAUCUCUGGCAGAGAAGAGACUAUGGUCUCUUCUCACAGUUUUGAGGCAUCCAAUGAGAGGAAACCGCUUGUGGACAGCAGUCAUCGCUCUCACAGCUCCUCCUCCUACCCUUAUACCCACAAUCCUUCUGUCUUAUCCUAUGAACCCCAACACUACCCAACCCAGAUACAGCACCCAUCUCAUGAGGUACUGGCGCCCAGCAUGGUGGGUGAGGCACACAGACCACCA